CCGCCUCCUUCCCAUAGCCCCGCCCACUCCGUUGGUUCUGCCGUUAACGGGCUGCUCGCGUGCGCCCUGUUUGGCCCCAACAGCACCGAUCAACUUGACUGUGAAGGACAGGAAGAGGACAGGAACACAAAAUGGCUCAACAGCAGAAGGCAGUGGAGCACGCCAGGAAGGCCUUUAACACGGGCCGCACCAAACCGCUGGAGUACCGUAUCACCCAGCUGAAGAACCUCCAGCGCCUGUUUGCAGAGAGGCAGAAGGAAAUCGCCAGCGCUCUCAAGAAGGACCUCAACAAGAGCGAGUUCGGCACGCCGCUGUACGAGACGCUGGGUCUGGAGGGAGAGAUCAACAUGGCAAUCAGCAAGCUAGCGGAGUGGGCAGCUCCAAGGCCGGUGACUAAAAACCUACUGACCAUUUCAGAUCAGGUCUACAUCCAACCCGAGCCUCUGGGAGUGGUGUUGAUUAUCGGGGCGUGGAACUACCCUUGGGCCGUCACCAUCCAGCCUCUAAUCGGCGCCAUCGCCGCAGGGAAUGCAGUCGUUAUUAAGCCAUCCGAAGUGUGCGUUCACACGUCCAAAGUGAUGGAGGAUCUUCUGCCUUUGUACCUCGACAAGGAGAUGUACCCGGUAGUUACCGGUGGAGUUCCAGAGACUCAGGAGUUGCUGAAGCAGAGAUUUGAUCACAUCUUCUACACCGGUAACUGCAUGGUUGGUAAAGUGAUCAUGGAGGCAGCUGCUAAAAACUUAACUCCUGUUACCCUGGAGCUGGGUGGGAAAAGCCCCUGCUACAUCGAUAAGAGCUGCGAUCUCGCCAUCGCCUGUCGACGUAUCGCUUGGGGAAAGUAUACAAACUGUGGGCAAACAUGCAUUGCACCAGAUUACAUCCUCUGUGAUCCCAGCAUCCAGGACAGAGUCAUAGAAGAGAUUAAGAAGAACGUGAAGGAUUUCUACACAGACGAUCCCAAAUCCUGUCUAGACUACGGACGCAUCAUCAACAGUCGACAUUUCAAAAGAUUGAUGGCGCUGAUGGAGGACAGCACGGUGGCUGUGGGAGGAGAAAACGACCAGUCCGAGUGCUACAUCGCUCCAACAGUCUUGAGAGACGUGAAGCCCGAAGCAAAGGUCAUGCAGGAAGAGAUCUUUGGACCCAUUCUGCCUAUCCUGACUGUUGGCAGCGUGGACGAGGCUAUCGACUUUAUCAACCAGAGAGAGAAACCGCUGGCACUCUACGUCUUCACCUCUGACAACAAGCUCAUCAAGCGUAUGAUCUCCGAGACUUCCAGUGGAGGAGUUUUGGCCAAUGACUGCUUGGUCCACUUCUCUGUCAGCUCUCUGCCUUUUGGUGGUGUUGGCAACAGCGGUAUGGGCUGCUACCACGGCAAGUUUACCUUUGACCAGCUGAGUCACCUGCGAGGCUGCCUCAUCAAGCAGCUGAAGAUGGAAGGACUGAACAACAUGCGCUACCCGCCUCACACCCCAAAGAAACUGGGCUGGGCUCGCUUCUUCAUCCUCAGACAGGUAGAAAUGGGCAAGCUGGCUCGCGUGGCUCUCAUGGCGCUGCUUGUGGUCGCCGCUGCCGUGAUGGUUCAGAGAUUCCUCACUGACUGAGCUGAGAAGUUCCGAAGAAACCCGACAGCCCCCCGGCCGCUCCGUUUCCUUUUCCUUAACCCGAACGUUUCCAACAUUCAGCCUUGAAAGUAUUAGCUUUUAAAAACAAGCGCUGCAUCUAAUGAAGGAUCCAAAUUCAUUGUAAUGCUUUACCGACGUGACGUUAACCUUAAUGCCGCUUCCAGCUGUGAUUCGUUAAUUUCCCUUCAUUCUGUUUUUAAUCAUUUUUAAUUAUUUAAUCAUUUUUAAUGAAGGAUAAGAAGUAAAUCUAUGUAGCAUCAUCGGUGUAGUAUCUCUGCAUAAGAAGAAGGGAUUUAUAACGUUCCUGAUCGUCGCAUCGUGUCAUUUUCCUUUCUAGGAAACGUCUGUGAAUUAGCAUAGUGUUAGCAUACAGCUCAAACCUGAUACUGGGUUUAUUUUCCCCUUAUUAUUUAAGUUAUACUUUAUUCAUUUUACCAACAGCACAAUUUCAUCAGGUCGGAGAAAGCACACACACUUUUAAAGGAAUAUCUCAGGCUCUAUAUAGAACAUCAAAUGACUCUUUAUAUAGAACUACAAGGAAGGAUUCCCUGAAGAAACCAAUGCAGUUCUCCAUUUUUAUUUUUCUUCUUCUUAUUAUUAUUAAGAAAAUACCGCAAAUUCAAACACAGUAUAAAGUUAUUUCAACAAAAAAACAACAUCGUGACUGAAAAAAUUAAACACAGGAUCAAGUUCACCUUCCACACUCAAUGAAUUAAAGAAACCGCUCGUAUCUCUCCAGGAGAAUGACAUAGAACCAUUUUCCAGGAACCCCAGAGUUCUACAUCUAACCCAAGCACCUCUUUCUCUACAUAGAACUAUGGUUCAGGAAACGGUCAUAUUCACUGGCCAUAUUCAGACCCCUGGAGUUCUCUAAAGAACCCUGAGGAACCUUUUUCUGUAAGACUGUGGUGACUUUUACCUGCGUCACGAACUCACAUUGAUCACCACUUCACUCUGAGGGCAUGAAAACGGGUCACGUGGCUUUGUGUACGAGCUUCGUAAAUACGUGAAGUCAUAAUGAAAUGAUUUCUUAAUUCUAUGCACAUGCAGUAAUAAGAGACAAAAUAAUAACUUUCGGGAUGAGACUGGUAUCUGAUGUGUGAGUUCAAGUACUGAUGAUGAUAUUUAUAGCUGUUCGUGGCUGGGACAUAAAGAAACAAAAACGUCUGUCAAUCAUAACGUCACUAGCCAAUCACAGGAGUUUGUGAGGCCCGGCUCUUGGGUGCGACUUGGCAGGUGACCAAAAAGGUGGAAAAUGAGUUACGGUUAAACAGCAUAACGUUAAGCGAGCGUUCUCGUCUUCUCAUUUCAUAUGAAGCCUUACACAGUAAGCAAGGAAUGCUUUAUAAACUAUUUCUUAUUACUGCAGUGCUUCUGAAUGUGGAAUUAAACCCCAAUGUAGAUGUUUUUCAAAUGAAGUUUUUAAGUUUACCUCCAUUUUUUUAUUAAGAGGGUAAGAGGGUAAAACUUGACCUUUCCAAAGGCAGCCGUGUUGUUCUGCUUGGAAUUCAGCAGAAUAUCUUUGGGGUUCCAUUAGGACUGAUUUCUUUAUCAGAGCUAAAAUGUUCUGCUGCAGAAAUGUGCCUCAGAGCCAGAAGGUGUAGUUCUACAUCUGCACUUUGACUGAAUUUACUCACCACUGUUCUCACCACGUUAGAGUUCAUCAACUGAUGAUCAAACUAUCAGCAGGCCCUCGAUGAAGAAAAUGAGGUGUGCCGAAGUUCCUCCGGGACAGGAACUGACUCAUAUCGAAGAACUAUGGAUUAACUACUUUAUUUCAACGAUCAUUUCAAUCGGUGUCCAGUCAGACGUCAUAACCGGGUGCAAAUUCAUUACUUUAGUUUAUUAUGAAAUAUCGGUACACUUUAUAAUAUCGUUGGUCUGUCAUUUCAAAUUUUCUUUUCUUUUUUUUUCAAAUCUUUGUUGAAUAUUAAUGAGAUUAAAAAGAUUUUAUGAAAUCAUUUUCUUACCCGUAAAAUAAACCAAUUUUUACAGCGAUGAAA